UGGCGGGUUAUUGGCUUCAUCUCUGGUUUUGGGCUUGUCAUGGUGAAGAAACAUGGAGGUUGCAAUUAGGCAAUUUGCUGCACCUCUGUGGAUGCAUGAUUUGUCCAAAUAUUCGUAGCUAGGCUCACCAGACAUUCUAUUGUAAUAGUCUAGGUGGUAUUUGUGCAUAAAAGAUUUUGAAACCCUUGAUGUGAACAAUGGUAAUCCAAGGGUCGUCCCCUUAUCCUCCCCGGUGGGCUGGUCUGCUCCCGAGGUGGACAUGGUCAAAAUUAAUGUCGACGCAUCCUGGCAAUCUUCUUCAUGUUGUGCAGGAGCUGGUAUUGUUGCUAGAAACGCUAAUGGUGAGUUUCUUGGGGCUAAGGCUAUCCCUUUUCUCGCGGACUCAGCUUCUAUGGCUGAGGCUCAGGCAGCAGUGGAGGGGUGCAGGUUCGCUAUUGAAAGGAGUUUCUCAAAGGUCUGCUUCGAAUCUGAUUCCAGGGAGGUGGUGCAAUGUAUUAACGGAAAUAUUAGGAGGGGGAGAUGGAAUUUAUAUCCCAUCCUCAGUAAAAUCAAGGAAUUUAGAAAUUCCUUUGCUAUGUCCUCCUGGCGGUGGAUCAAUAGAAUUGGAAACCAAGCGGCAGAUCAUUUGGCGUCGCUGGCACUCUCGAGGUCGAGCCCGGAAGUCUUGGAAUCUAGACCCCCGACCUCUCUUGUGCAUGUACUUAACAACGAUGGCCUUCCUUGCCUUCCAGGAUGCUAAGGAUCUCCCGUACUGUUCAGUGAGCUUGACAUCCUGUUUUGGAACGUCAUACCCUGUUGCUUCCUGCGCAGUUUAUGUUAGUUGUAUUUCCUUUCUUAGCUGCUUAAUUCCUAGUUUCUGCUUUUACUUUUGCGUUUGCUGAGGUGUGAAUGUGCCUUCAGCCCUUGUCUGUUUGUUUCCUCUUUGUUUUGGUGGAAUGAAUAUCUUUUCGAUCCAAAAAAAAAAAAAAAAGCAAGAAAAGUCAAUGGGAGAGAUGCUCUGGCGCCGGCACGUUUGAAGUUUCCACUUUCCGCAGAUAUAAAUGUACGAACCAAACUGAAACAACCACAGAUAGCAAAUGGCAGGAGUGAGGAGGAUCAAGUUGGGUUCACAAGGCCUUGAGGUCUCUGCUCAAGGCCUGGGAUGUAUGGGCAUGUCUGCCUUCUAUGGCGCUCCGAAGCCAGACGCAGACAUGUUCAGUCUCAUCCACCAUGCCAUUGACUCCGGCGUCACCUUCCUCGACACCUCUGACAUGUACGGCCCCUUCACCAACGAAAUUCUGCUUGGCAAUGAUCUGAAGGGAGGGUUAAGAGAGAAGGUUGAAUUGGCCACCAAGUUUGGCAUCUACUUCGCAGACAAGAAGAUGGAGGUGCGAGGUGACCCUGCCUAUGUGAGGGCUGCUGUCGAGGGUAGCUUGAAGCGCCUUGAUGUUGAUUCUGUUGAUCUCUAUUAUCAGCAUCGGAUUGACACCACUGUCCCCAUAGAAGUCACGGUAGGGGAAUUGAAGAAAUUAGUUGAAGAGGGUAAGGUGAAGUACAUUGGCCUAUCUGAGGCCUCAGCUUCUACAAUAAGAAGAGCACAUGCUGUUCAUCCAAUAACAGCUGUGCAGUUGGAGUGGUCCUUGUGGUCGAGAGAUGUCGAGGCAGAAAUAAUUCCUACUUGCCGGGAACUUGGCAUUGGUAUUGUUGCAUACAGUCCUCUAGGGAGAGGAUUCUUUUCAUCAGGCGCUAAGUUCGUCGAAAACCUCUCCCAUGAUGAUUCUCGAAAGCAUCACCCCAGGUUCCAACCCGAAAACGUAGAGCAUAAUAAAACACUAUUCGAGCAGGUUAGUGAUCUUGCUGCAAGGAAAGGGUGCACCCCAUCUCAGCUAGCACUGGCCUGGGUUCAUCACCAAGGAAAUGAUGUGUGUCCGAUACCCGGAACCACAAAGAUUGAGAAUUUUAACCAGAAUAUUGGAGCUCUGUCUGUGAAACUGACACCAGAAGAAUUGGCUGAGCUUGAAUCUUUUGCUUCAGCUGAUGCUGUUAAAGGUGACAGAUAUCCGAGUGCCUUCAGUACUACUUGGACCAACUCUGAAACUCCACCACUGUCUUCAUGGAAAGCCACAUAAGUAUAUGUCGUUCAUCAUGUCAUACUUAGAAUAAAUGCCGCUUUGUACCUCCUCAACUUUGUGAUUGCUUGACUUUCAGACGUCAAACAUUUUGUACGUAAAUUGCAUCAUGUUGUAUUGAGUAUUUUAAAGUAAGGAAUCACCUGGGAUCAAGCGAAAA